CAAAGCUGUGUGAAGUGAAAUGUUUAAAAAAAAAUCAAGAAAAAACUGGAAUAUUUCAGUGCCUCGGGUUCAAAUCCUCCCCCUCUGUGGUUGUUUUUCCCUCUGAGAUGGGUGAGGAUGAUGAGGUGGGAGGAAGGCUGGGAGUGUUAGCCAGCAUUUCCCCAGCUCUGUGUUCCUUGUGCUUCUCCCUGAUCCUAGUUAGGAAAAGAACAAAUCAUUGGGAGAAACCCUCUUUGUUCCAGCUGAUCCUGAGGCAGAUGGAGCCAGGCAUUGCCCAUUCCAUCCCCUUCCCUGCUUCACCUCACAUUCCCAACGCAAUCAGAGGAAGGGAAACCUUUUUUUCUUUAAUCCACCAAAAAACCUAUGGGAAUAAACCCCCUUGGAGCCCCUUCCCUCAUCCCAAAAGGAUCAGCAACCCGAGCAUGCCUGGCUGUGGGAACACAAUGCCACAAACCCACCACCAACCCAUGUUUUCCUGAUUUUUUCCCCUCUUUUCCCAGCGAUGCACGGCUGUUCCCAGGUCGUGGAGCUGCUCCUGGAACGGUGCCAGUACAAAGGUGACAGCAGGGACAGCUGUGGGGUCACUCCCUUCAUGGACGCUCUCCAGAACGGGCACGUUGGCAUCGCCCGCCUGCUGCUGCAGAGACACCAGGCCUGUCCCACAGCUGUGGAUGCCCUGGGAGCCCAGGCCCUGCACAGGGCAGCUGUCACAGCCCAGGAUGGCUCCAUCCGCUUCCUGGUGGCCGAGCUGGGCCUGGAUGUCAACGGGAGAUCCCAUGGGAUGACCAUUCCUGCCCCACGGAUCUGAUCUGAAGGAGCUGAGCCUGAUUCCCACCUGCUCCCAGAUCCUCUGGAGCUCCUGGUCAGAUCUGUGCAGCCCCAGGCUGGGGAUGGAUCCCAGCCCGGAGCUGAUCCCAAAUUCCUCAUUCUGCAGGAAGGACAUGGCCACACCAUCCAGACCCUGCUGUCCCUGGGCGCUGAUCUCCAGGCCAAGGACGGGAAGGGCCGUUCUGGUGAGAAUUCCAAGCUGCUUUUCCCGGCUUUGUGUGACACCGAGAGCUUCCACAAGCACACCCCAAGCUCAGCAUAGGGAGAUGCCAAACCCAUGGAUCCCUUUGCUCUGGGGGCAGUGAGGCAUCAUCCCAGGGGGUUUUGGGCAUUUUGCAUUCCCUGGCUUAAUUUGCAUUUUUUCAUUCCCUGGAUUUCAAUUUGCUGGAAUUUCUGCUGGGGCUUUUCCCUUGGGGGAAGAACAGAGAUGUAAAUUGGGAAUUUCUCGCUUAUUUUUCUGAGGAGCUCCAAUGCUGCCUCUCCCCCAUCCAAUUGGGCUGGAAUGAUCCUGUUGGAAGCAGGUUGGAUGGACAAACACAGGGACUGAGCUCUCCAGCCUCAAUUCCUCAGCAAACAGCCUGGAAAUGGCUGAUGAGCAAAUAACACCAGAGGGCUGGCACGGAAAUGGAGUUGCUAUAGCGAUGCCGGAGAGUCGGCAUUCCCAGCGGGAGAGGCUCAGGCAGCUCUUGCAUCAGCAUCUCCCCAAAAAAAAGAAAUUAAAAAUUCAAAUUAAAAAAAGAUAAAUGUGGUUCAGCCAUUGCCCAAAUUGUCAAAUUCCCCGGCCCUGGGUUUGGUUAAAGCCGUGUUUCAGCAGUGCCACCUCUCCCUCCGCCCCCUCAGUGACUGAAUCCCAGCUCUGCUGAGCUCAUCCAACCCUGGCAUGUUUUUUUCCUGUGGCUCCUCCUUGGCUGGGUUUGGGUCACUGCGUCCUUGGGAAGCUUCUCAUCCACGUCAGGAUUACCCAGAGGGAUCAGGAUGCCUCCUUAGGAUCACAUGGAAGGAGGAUUUUUAACAGUGAGGGUGGGCAGGGGCUGGGCUGGCAUUGCCAGAGCAGCUGGGGCUGCCCCUGGAAU